AUGUGGAAAUAUGUGCUCCAAAAGAGACUGGAUGUUGAAAGGGAAUUGGAUCCAAAUGCCCUUGAGAACAAGGAAGUCUUAGAGCUAAUUCAGGAAGCUGGGCUAUUGAAGACUGUUUGCAAUCUUCCCAAGUGUUAUGAGAAGCUGGUCAAGGAAUUUGUGGUGAAUCUAUCUGAAGAUUAUGGAAACAGCAGGAGUAUGGACUUCAAAAAGGUGUUUGUGAGAGGAAGAAUAGAUGAAGCUCAACUUGAGCUUGAAGUGACAGACAACAAAGUUGGUCAAGUGAUCACAGCCAAGAAGGUAAACAGUUGGACCCUGAAAGAGAAACUAAUUGCAAGAACAAAGGCAAAGUUUGACUACGGAACAUAUAUUUUCGACCAAACUAUGAAGCAUGCUGGAAGCUUCAAUGUUAAGGGUCCAAUUGCCUUUCCAUCCUCAGGUACGCAUGUUCCAGACAUUGUCAUGACAUCGGCUGAAACAUUCAAGUCUGGAGCACCAGCCAGCAAAGCAGAAGUCAUAACAAUGUUAAAAGAGACCUGCAAAGAGCUGGAAGCUAGGAAGAUAUCCCUUGAAAAGAUGAUAAGCACUCUGGAAAUGGAUGAGAAUGAGGAACUUGCAGAUGGUGUAAGGAUGGCAAAUAAAGAUGAACAAGAUAAGGAAGUAGAACCUGAAGAAGAUGUGGAAUAA